AUGGUUGAUUUAGAAACUGUUGCGAAAUAUCUAUCCGAAUCUGUCAUUGCAUCAUCCGCCAAAUCUGCUGAAAGAAGUCUGAAAGAGCUUGAAAAUCAGGAUGGUUUUGGUUUAACUUUACUACAUACUGUAGCAUCUAACAAUCUGCCUGUCUCUACUAGACUUGCAGGUGCUCUAUUUUUCAAAAACUAUAUUAGAAGGAAAUGGGUCGAUGAAAACGGUAACCAUAUGAUCCCUGAAAGUAACGUAGAAUUAAUCAAGAAGGAAAUCGUUCCUUUGAUGAUUACUUUACCCAAUAAUUUGCAAGUCCAAAUUGGUGAAGCAAUUUCUGUCAUUGCAGAUUCCGAUUUCCCAAAUAAUUGGCCCACUCUACUACAAGAUCUAACUUCAAGAUUGUCUCCAGAUGAUAUGGUCUUGAACAAGGGUGUUCUAACAGUCGCGCACUCAAUUUUCAAAAGAUGGAGGCCACUUUUCAGAUCUGAUGAAUUAUUCUUAGAAAUUAAAAUGGUUCUCGAUUUUUUCACUGUGCCUUUUUUGAAUCUGUUAAAGGCAGUAGAUGAGCAGAUUACACAAAAUUCGAAUGAUCAAGCAAAACUUAACCUUCUAUUUGAUGUGUUGUUAGUCUUAGUUAAAUUAUAUUACGAUUUGAAUUGUCAAGAUAUUCCAGAAUUUUUCGAAGAUAAUAUCAAGACGGGUAUGGGUAUUCUCCAUAAAUAUCUCGCCUAUAAUAAUCCUUUGCUGGAAGAUGCUGAUGAAAGUGAACAUGCUAGUAUCUUAAGCAAAGUCAAAUCAUCAAUCCAAGAAGUUGUACAACUUUAUACAACAAGAUAUGAAGAUAUUUUUGGCCCAAUGAUCAGCAAUUUUAUACAAAUAACAUGGCAAUUGCUAACUUCAGUCACUACUGAACCUAAAUUUGACAUCUUAGUUUCAAAGUCACUAUCAUUUUUAACUGCGGUUUCUCGUAAUCCAAAAUAUUUUGAAAUAUUUAACAAUGAGGAUGCAAUGAAUAAUAUCACGGAACAGAUCAUUUUGCCAAAUGUCACUUUACGUGAAGCAGACGUUGAGUUAUUUGAAGAUGAUCCGAUUGAGUACAUUCGUAGGGAUUUGGAAGGUUCGGAUACCGAUACAAGGAGAAGAUCAUGUACUGAUUUUGUGAAGGAAUUGAAAGAUAAAAAUGAAGUUCUGGUUACCAACAUUUUUUUGAAUCGUAUGACAAGGUUUUUUGAAAGAUAUCAAUCAAAUACUACAGAGUUCUGGAAAUAUAAAGAUCUUUAUGUUUACCUUUUCAGUACGUUAGCCAUAAAUGGUAACAUAACUAGCAGUGGUGUUUCAUCAACUAAUCCACUUUUAAAUGUGAUAGAUUUUUUCAGGAAUCAAAUUAUUCCUGAUUUAACAAAUAGUGUGCCUCAUCAAAUUUUGAGGGUUGAUGCCAUCAAGUUUAUCUAUGUCUUUAGAAAUCAAUUGAGUAAAGCACAACUUAUCGAAAUAAUGCCCUUACUAGCAACAUUCUUAGAAAGUGAUGAAUAUGUUGUAUACACAUAUUCAUCAGUUACCAUCGAAAGAAUUCUCACGAUCAGAGAAUCAAAUACUUCACCAAAUUUUAUCUUCACGAAGGAAGAUUUAGCUGGCAGCUCUGAAAUUCUAUUGAAAAAUCUGAUCAGUCUUAUUACAAAACAUGGUAAUUCUCCAGAAAAAUUAGCGGAAAACGAAUUUUUGAUGAAAGCUGUUUUCCGAGUGCUAAGAACGUCAGAAGCCACAAUAGAGGCUAUUUAUCCAGAAUUAUUGAACCAAUUAAUGACAAUAAUUAACAUCAUUGCGAAGAACCCCUCAAAUCCUAGAUUUACUCACUAUGUUUUCGAAUCUGUAGGUGUCAUUUUGUCUUACUCUUCGGUUCCACAUUUACCUGUCUUGAUAGAUUCCAUGAUGCCAUCUUUUUUCAGUAUACUUUCUGAAGAUAUUCAAGAAUUCAUUCCAUACGUUUUCCAAUUGGUUUCCUUCAGUAUUGAGAAGGGUGAGUUUUUACCUGACAGUGUCAAACAAUUAGCACAGCCAAUGCUGGCUCCAACUGUUUGGGAACUAAAGGGAAAUGUUCCUGCAGUUACAAGGUUAUUAAAAAAUGUAAUUAAACUUGAUCCAUCCGUAUUCCCAGAUCUUGUUCCUGUGUUAGGUGUUUUCCAAAGAUUAAUUGCAUCCAAGGCAUAUGAAACCCAUGGGUUUGAAUUAUUAGAAUGUAUCAUGUUGGUAAUCGAUAUGGAAAGGUUGAAACCAUACUUAAAAGAAAUUGCUGUAUUAUUAUUGCAACGUCUCCAGAGCUCCAAGACAGAGAGAUAUGUUAAAAAAUUGACCGUAUUUUUCGGUCUGCUGUCUAUUAAAUUAGGUUCUGACUUUUGUAUUCAAUUUAUCGAUGAAGUACAGGAUGGUCUAUUCCAGCAAAUAUGGUCUAAUUUCGUCAUUAAUACAUUGCCAACUAUUGGUAAUCUUCUGGAUCGUAAAAUUGCACUAUUAGGCUGCAUUAAAUUCCCUACUGAAGGGACUUUGUUCAUUAAAAAAUAUCCUCAACUUCUUGGGAUAACAAUCGAUUCAAUAAUUAGGACCACAAUGAGUGAAAGCAUUUCAAACAUAAACAGCGAAUACAUCGACCUAGAUAACCUCGAAGAGAUUACAACCUUUGGCUCUUCUUUUAGUAAAUUGGCCAGUAUAGCAGACAAACCAUUCGAUCCAUUACCUGAGAUUGAUUUGACAAAUGGGGUAAAACAAUAUACUUCAUCCGUUUUAAAGAAAUAUAUUGAAUCUAAUAACGCCAAUUUUGCGAACGUUAUUUUGCCUCAACUGAAUAAUGAUACUCAGAAAAGUUUGAAGCUGCUAGUAGAUAUGGUAUAG